AUGGAAAAGAUUUUGCUACCGCCCAGAAUGUUCGCUGCGGGCGAUGAACCAGUGGGUGAGCGUAUCAACUCGUAUCACAAAAUCAAGACCACCAGAGCAAUUAUUGCCGCACUCGAACAAGAAGAGUUGGAGUUUCUAAUGAAUUCUACAUUCGGGAGGAUUCUUGCGAUUGAUGCCAACCCUCCGUUUUCUAGGGCUUUUGGAGAACACGUCCUCGUUAGAGUCCUUAAAGUCAACAAAAAGUACGAUUUUUGGUUUUUGUUUGCGGGAAACCCAAUUAGAAUAUCCCUCCGAGAGUUUGCCAUCGUCACCGGCUUGAACUGCGGGAAGAUCCCGGUGAAGAAGACGACAAAAAAUCCAUUGAAAGAGAAGCUGUACUGGAAUGAACUAUUUGGUUCGUUGAAGUUCUGCACUGUCGAUACAGCCAUCGACAUGUUGGAGAAUAAGCUUAAGGAAGAAGUCACCCAUUAUGAACGUGUUGUCAUAGUGGAUUCAGAAAGCGACGGCGAGACCAACACAUGCGAAGAAACAACGACUGCGGAUGAUAACGUUGCCGGUCAGGUCAAACCACCGCAGGCCACUAAGUUCUGUCUCAUACCCGGUCACGCUAAGACCGCAGAUUCCGAGUGUCAGGUGCCAGUAAAGUCUAUUCUCGAUGAUCCAUACGAAGAAUGGUCUGCUGGCUUAGAUUUCCAAUGGGAUGAUGAGUCUGAAGAUCUGGCUUUUGACAACAUGGUCCGAUUGAUCCUUGAGGGUUUUGUUUUCAGGAAGGAAAUAAAAGAAACUAAAGGAGAAAGAACCGAAAGACAAAACGACAAGGAUCACGCUGCGGAGGUUUCAGAAGGCGAGGGAUCCUCUGAUUUCCUCGAUAUUAUUAGCUCACUGGAGAAGCGUAUAUAUCAAGCUCUGGAUGCCAAGUUAGAGAAGCUUGUUCCUCCUACCAGUCAAUCUCAGCAAGCUGCUCUCCUCCAGUCUACCAUGUCACGAUGCCUCAAGGACUUGGAUAAGAAGAUCGGCAAUACCAGCAACGCUAGCCCUGGAGAAGGCAAAGAACCACCCGUGUUUGAUUUCACCAACCCAUCUGAAGCUGCUGAUUCCCGCAUCAAUGACGUUCUGCGUGAUCUGAAUGUAGUCUCGGAUGUUUCUCUCCCUGCAACCACAGAAGCCUCACCGGUACCACAGACUGAAGGAGUACCAGACGCUGAUGACGCACAACCCCAGGCGGAGCAUACAGAGGAGCACGUAGACGAAUCUGCACCUAUGGAUCAGUUGGAUCAGCAAGUGGAAGCUAACAUCCACACGGAGCAGGCACGGCUUUUCUCAGCCAACGCCACCGCACUAUUGGAAGAGACCCCAAUCUUUGAUGAGUCUCAAGCCCUGGUCGAGCAGAUAGAGGGACAUGUGAGAGAUAAUGCACAUGAAGUUCAGCAAAACAAUCAAGACGUGCCUGUGGAACCUCCUCUAUGCGAGGAGACCGUGUCAGAAGAAGUUGACAUGGAUGAGAUGCAUAUACCUUUUUAUCUUCUCGAAAUGCCGUCUUUCUCACUCGGACUAUCGCAGGAGGAUUCAAUCGUUGGCCAGGAGACGGCUGAUCCGACAAACAACGUUCCAGCACCCAUGGAACAGGAUGAAGCCGCUGUGGUGCAGCGUAAGAGCAAAAGGCCUAAGAUCGCUCUGAUUGGUCUCCAAGACUACAAGUGUGAUUCUAAAGUAACAGCUGGUCAAGCCAUAAUCCCUGAUCUCGACCAACGUUUUCAGCUUAUGGAGGAGAAGUUGCUAAAUGAAUCGAUUGUCCUUCUUCGCAGGGGGUAUGCAGUGACUCCGGCCGAGUUUUGUGAUAUUGCUCAUCGCAAGUCCAUAUUACUUUCGGGGAUCGUGGACGCUUUGAUCGGAGUUGUGAAUCUUGGUCCCGUUGCCAGCCCCAAAGUUGUGAUAUAUGACAUCACCCUUCCAGUUGCUAUAAUGGACCACCACCCCCGCUUUGUCAAGACAGCAGUUAAAGACCGUGUGAAGCUUAAAUUCACCAAUAUCCCGCUUGUAACCCCCAUUCCAAAGGUGCCCGAGAGGAUAUAUUUCCCAUUUAACAUGGACAGGCAACACUGGGUUGGAGUCUGCAUUGAUACAAAAGCGAGCACUCUCCAUGUUUUGGAUUGCAAAACCUCCAUUCGAAGUGACAGUUUGCUGAAGAACGAGCUCGCCCCAAUUGCUAACCUCAUCCCUUAUGUUCUGAAGUACCUUGGAUAUGCAGAAGCUGAUGCAGUGAUGAAGCCCUUUAUAGUCUCCAGCUGCAGGGGAAUACCGCAAAUCUCCACUCAGACGGAUGCAGCAGUCAUGACAGUGCUGUUUAUUGAAGCUCACGCCGUCGAUGGUCUUGUUGGUUGCAAGGCAGUCACUCCUCGUCUGCUUCCAGAUGCAUCCAAGCAUUUGGCUGUCAAACUCUUCGAUUAUAUCUCUGCCUAA